GAUAAUUGUUUACAAACAAAUCACAUGGAGGAGGGAAUCUAUUCAUCCAACAUUCAUUUGGUGAUGAAAAAAUUGCGACAUAUAAUUGAAAACCAAAAAUUCACGAAAGAAAAGAUAAAAAUAAGGGGUAUUGGGCCAUGAUAAGUGGUAGGAUAAUGGGUUGACCAACACAAGCAUUAUCCAACCCCUAAUUUACAAAGAGACGGAGCUUUAACGCAACGCCACAAUAUUCGGUAAAACUGCAACAUAAUGCUAUAACAGUUUGGAAACAAGUUACCAUCAUCAGAUAAUCACGCCCACGGGAGUUAUAUUUCCAUCUUCAACCCUCACCUCACCUCACCUCUCUGUAUUCCAACCCAAACCCAACUGCUCUUUUUUUUUUUUUUUUUUUUUUUUUUUUUGUUUAUAAAUAGUAUAUUCCUACCUAAUUACCAAUUAAGAAUUUGGUAUCGCAUCAUAACUCUCUUCAAUUUCAAACUCUUGUAAUUCAAUUUCUCUCUCAUCGAAGAAAGAUGUGCUGCUGUCCGAGUAAGGUCUGCAUGCUCUGCACUUGUUUGAUUCUGGUUGUUAUCGCCAUCGGUUUUCUCUUCGGCUUCGGCGUUUUCAAGAAUGGUUUCCACAAAUUGAAGCAUACUAUGGAUGUUUCUCAGCCUUUAGGCGUCAAUUACGAUCGCAAUUUGUAUUAUGCUCCUCCUCCUUUCUUUUAAUUUUUAUUAUUAUGUACUACUUAUUUCGUAUUUCUGCUUACAAGGAUCUUUUUCAGUGUCA